AUGACGCAACAUGCAAACGAUGCUGCCGUAUCUGUUUCAGACUCACGCCUUAAAUUGUCGCACGUACUGCUCGUCGUCGCGUACCUCAUCGCAGCCGUCCUCGUAGUCCUCUCCUUCUCGCCACGACUCCGCCUGGCGGAGCAGCAAUCAUCGCCCGCUUCAUCCGGGAAAAAUGGAGCCCGUCGAGCGCGGCGAUUGGAGGACGAGGAGGCGGCGUUCAACGCGAGUUUUGAUUUCAGUCUCAACGAGACGUGGAAGGAGGGCUUCUUCAACAUGACUCUCGAGAUUGAGAAGUGGCGGGCUGGCGGCGGCUGCGAUCGCUUUCGUGAGCGCUUCUCGUCGCACCUCCACGUGGACCUGCUGCAAGACGACGACCCCGCCUCCUGGCCGCCCAACCCCUCACUGCAGCCCCUAUCGUUACCAGAGUGUCCGCGGAUACAGCAGCGGCAUGUGAAUGUGCGCGUGCAGCCGCCAUUCGUGUGGUUUGGGCAGCGCUUUGGCAACCGCCUGGGGCUGGAGGGCACUCACUCGUGCGCGCACUGCGGCCUCACGUGCACUUUCUCCUGGGAGGAGCAGGUGGUGCCUCGCCCUGACGUGCUGCUCUUCGUGCGCCAGUACGGCCCUCUCAAGGAGGCCGAGCAGAGGGAAAUGGAUGCGCUGACCACGCGGCCUCCCCACGAGCGGCCUCUACUCGCCCUGCUGGACCCCGAGGCAGCACCCGAGGGCGCGACAGUGCCGGGGCGGCAGAUCUUCUCCCCGUGGGUGCCCAUGGAGCAGCAGGCGCGGUGGGACGUGGUGGUGGGGUACCACAGGGACAGCGACGUGCAGAUCACCUACGUGGGCAUGAAUGAUGAUGAGGCGCGCAAGGACCUCGUCUCCAACAUCAAACUCGCUGGAGUGCCGCUAUACAGGGCGGGGUCGCACUGUUCUGUGUGGUGGAGGGAGGCCAUGGUGAAGGACAUCCUGCAUGUGGUGCGCCACCACUCGUUCGGCCGCUGCCAGUUCAACAUGCACCGCAUCUCCGAACUCAUUGCUCACCCCACGUGCCGCACCCCCCUGGACAAGUGGACGGCGCGCACACACUGUGUGGAGUCGCGGUACAAGUUUGCCAUUGCGGUGGAGAACAGCGAGAGGGAGAGCUACGCCACUGAAAAGCUCUUCAUCCCCUUCGAUGCCGGUCAGUUGCACCUCUGCCUUCCCCCUCUCCAUCCCCCUCUCCAUCCCCCUCUCCAUCCCCCUCUCCAUCCCCCUCUCCAUCCCCCUCUCCAUCCCCCUCUCCAUCCCCCUCUCCAUCCCCCUCUCCAUCCCCCUCUCCAUCCCCCUCUCCAUCCCCCUCUCCAUCCCCCUCUCCAUCCCCCUCUCCAUCCCCUCUCCAUCCCCCUCUCCAUCCCCCUCUCCAUCCCCCUCUCCAUCCCCCUCUCCAUCCCCCUCUCCCCUCCCCUCCUCCUACCCUGUCCCCCACUCUCCCCCGCUUUUUCCCCUCUUCCCCUUCUGUUUCGCCUUCUUCCGCUCUCUCCCGUUUUACCCUCUUGUCACUCCAUGUCCCUGCGCACAGUCCCAGUGUACUUUGGAGCGCCAGACGUGGCACACCUGGCACCGCCCGGGUCGUUCAUUGACGUGCGGGCCUUCCCCAACAAGACUGAAGUGGGGGUGCUAAUCAACCAGCUCGAUGCCAAUGCCAGUAAGUGUCUCGCUCCUUCUCCCUCUCCACGUGUGUUGCGAGUUUAUUUUAUACGCACCCGUGUCGCUCAUUAA